AUGCCUGUUCUUCUUGGACUUGCCGUCAUUGGCACAAAUUGGAUUACCAACUCUUUCAUACAAUCAUGCCAUGAGAGCAAGCUGUUCCAACUCAGAGCAGUAUACUCAAGAAGAGUUGAUACCGCCAAAGGCUUCAUCAGAGACACUCCUUCCAUUCAAGAUGCUUCGUCUGUGGAAGCAUACGACAACCUAGACUCUAUGCUCAAUGACCAAAACAUCGACGUGGUCUACAUUGCGUCACCAAAUUCUCUACAUUACGAGCAAGGAGUCAAGGCUUUGAAUACUGGAAAGCAUGUCAUCAUGGAGAAGCCUUUUGCCUCAAAUGUGCGCGAGCUCGAGGCACUCUAUGAACUGGCUGAUUCCAAGAACCUUUUUAUCCUAGAGGCCUAUCGCCAUAUCCAAGAGCCCAACUUCAAAGCUUUGCAGAAAUUGUUCGAUGAUGAGAAGACAAGAACCGCAAAGCUGGGCAAGAUUUAUGGCGCCAGUCUUUCCAUGGCAGUUUAUUCUCCACUGUUCGGCGACAUGACCGAUACAAAUAUUCCCAACGUGGCUUCUCCCAAAUUCAGCGGCGGUUGCUUAAUGGACAUGGGUGUUUAUCCCGUCACCUUUGCCAUCCGACUCUUUGGUGUACCUGCUUCUGAGACAUACUUCCCCGUUAUACUCGAAACAGGCGUCGACGGUGGAGGGUUGAUUGUUUUCGACUACACACGUGGGACAUCGAAGCAUAAGCAAAGGUUUACUUUGCAAGCCCGGACGAGCAAGCUAUAUGACUCACACGCACCAACAGAGAUAUACUGUGAGAAGGGAACUAUCCGGAUAGAGGGAGGUCAAGCUUCGAACGUGACUGAUAUCUGUACCAUGGAGUUCAUCCCACGAGGCUCUAAAAAUGGAGAGGAGCUAGGAAAUCCGAAUCCCGAAUACACUGACAUGUUGAACUUGACGUGGGAGGCUAAGGAACUUGGUCGAAUUAUCAGUGAGAGGGACAAUGCGGCUGAGGGUGAUCUAAGGGCGCUCAGCAGAAGUGUUCUCACUGUUGUGGAAGAUAUGAGGAAGAAGAAUGGCAUUGUAUUUGAUUGCGAGCGCUAG